CUCUUGCUUAUACCAAAAAAAAAACCCAUUACCAAGAACUUGUUCAUCAUUUCACAUUUCACAGAAAUAUAGUGUCCCUUGCAAAUCAUAGCCACUCUCACUCAAGAAUAAAAAAAUGGCAGUUAGGGGGAUUGAGAUUGUGCUAGCUUUGGUCCUUGCAGUGGUUCUGCGGGAAGGGACUGUUGAUGCUCAAUCAAGCUGCACCAAUGUGAUCAUCAGCAUGUCCCCAUGCCUUGAUUACGUAACAGGAAACUCAUCAACCCCAUCUUCCUCAUGUUGCUCACAGUUGGCUAAUGUGGUCAGCUCACAGCCAAAGUGCCUCUGUGAGGUUCUUAAUGGAGGCCCCUCUUCCGUUGUUGUGAAAGUCAAUCAGACUCAGGCAUUGGCCCUCCCCUCUGCUUGCAAAGUCCAAACACCCCCGCUUAGCCGAUGCAGCGGGUCAUCUCCAACAGGUUCUCCCUCAGGGGCACCAACUUCUCCUUCAGGGAGUGGAUCUAAAACUGUACCAUCACCAUCACAUGGAAAUUCUAACAAGAUGGCAUUUCCUCUGCUGUUCUUCUUGCUCUUCAUUGCAUCAUAUGCUUCAACUUCCACAGCCAACUAAGCUCCUCUUCCACGAAUGUUUAUGUAGCUAGAUUCAUGGGACUAUAUAGUAUAGAGUGCCAUAAACUUUUUCUUAUUUUUGCAUAUUGUUGGGUGGCUGAUUGGUUUCUGGUUUUUGUAAAUCCUUUGCUUGGGGAUUCAGCCCCUCAUGGAAUUCAAAUAAACUAGUCACAAAUUUUUUACUUUGAUA